AUGGCUACCAAGGACGUAGAGGCGUACAUCAAGAAGCUGUCAACUCCGCCGGCGCCCGGAGCUCUUCACGGCGUUGCCCUCCCCGGCACAGAGCGCCCUGGUCGCACUCCCAUUUACCGCCACCACAAGAUUGGCGAUGGUGCACUUUUGACCACGUUCUACCCCGAGGUUCAAUCAGUCCACGACCUGUUCGAAGCCUCUGUCAAGAAGCGCCCCAACAAGCGCUGCCUGGGCACCCGCCAUUGGAACGCAGCUACGCAGUCAUGGCAGGAUCAGUAUGAGUGGGAGACGUACGCCGAGGUCGCUGAGCGCCGCAAGAACCUGGGAGCUGGUAUCGUCGAAAUCCACAAGGCCAACGGUCACAACGCGGAUAAGUACGGCGUUGGUCUCUGGUCUCAGAACCGCGCCGAAUGGCAAAUCACCGAUCUUGCACUUGCAUCACAGUCUCUCUUUGCUGUGUCGCUCUAUGAGACUCUCGGCCCAGACGCCUCCGAGUACAUCAUCAACCACGCCGAACUUGCCUGCGUCGCCUGCAGCCUGCCUCACAUCCCUACCCUCCUGAAAUUGGCGCCUCGAAUCCCUACCCUUAAGCUGAUUAUCUCUCUCGAUGAAUUGGAGCAGGGUGAACAAGAGGGCCUGACCAAGAAGUCCGUCUUGAACAAGAUUGCUGCUCAGCACGGCAUCAAGAUCUACUCCUUCAAGGAGGUGGAGGAGAUUGGUGCCGCAUCGGGCCGCCCCAUGCGCCCGGCUGGCUGGGAAGAUCUCUGCACAAUCAACUACACCUCGGGAACCACUGGCGCGCCCAAGGGCGUUGUCAUCACCCAUGGCAAUGCUGUUUCUGCCGUCUCAUCGAGCCGCCUGCAGGGUUCCGUGACACAUAAGGAUGUCCACCUGUCCUAUCUGCCUCUUGCUCACAUCUACGGCAGAAUGGUUGACCAGGUUGCCCUUUCCGAAGGUGCUAGCAUUGGCUUCUUCCGCGGCGACAUCCUGGGGCUGGUUGAUGACAUGAAGAUUCUCAAGCCCACAGGUUUCAUCUCUGUCCCCCGGUUGUUCAACCGCUUCAACUCGGCGAUCCGAACCGCCACCAUUGAAGCCGAAGGCGUCAAGGGCGCGCUCUCUCGAACCGUCAUCAACACCAAGAAGGCCAACAUGCGCCUGCCGCCCGGACAAGCCAGCAACACGCACUUCCUCUACGACCGCAUCUGGACUCCUAAGGUCAGGGCUGCUGUGGGUUUGGACAGGGCCCACUCCAUGAUCAGUGGUAGCGCUCAGCUGGACCCCGACGUUCAAGAGUUCCUUCGCGCCGCCUUUGGCAACAACUUUAACCAGGGAUACGGCUUGACCGAGUCAUAUGCCGUCGGUACCGUCCAGGUGCCCGGAGAUUUCGGUCUUGGCAACAUUGGACCCCCAACUGGCUGUGUCGAGAUCUGCUUGGAGUCUGUACCUGAAUUUGAGUAUACCGUCGAGGACAAGCCCAGCCCUCGCGGUGAGCUUCUUCUCCGCGGCCCGUGCAUCUUCCGCGAGUACUACAAGAACGAAGAAGAGACUAAGAAGGCCCUCGACGCCGAUGGUUGGUUCCACACUGGUGAUAUCGCAGAGAUUGAUAAGCUGGGUCGUUUCAAGAUCAUUGACCGCAAGAAGAACGUCCUCAAGCUGUCCCAGGGUGAAUACAUCUCUCCCGAGCGUAUUGAGAACGUCUACCUGGGCAACACCAACCUGAUUGCCAUGGCCUAUGUUCACGGUGAUGCCAAGGAGUCUACUCUUGUCGGUGUCUUCGGUAUCGAUCUGGAGAACUUCCCUCCGUGGGCCAGCAAGAUUCUCGGCGAGACUGUCACCGCUGAUGACCGUGCCGCCCUCAAGACAGUUGCCAACCACCCCAAGGUUAAGCAGGAGUUCCUCAAGGUCUUGAACAAGAUUGCACAGAAGCAAAAGUUCAACAGCUUUGAGCGUGUACGAAAUGUCUACCUCGAUAUCGAGCCUUUUAGCAUCGAAAACGAGCUUUUCACACCCACUCUCAAGCUGAAGCGCCCUCAGACUGCAAAGGCCUUCCGUACCCAGAUCGACAAGAUGUACGAGGAGAUUGCUGCCGAGGCCGGCCCUGCUCCUAAGCUGUAA